AUGCCCCGAAACGAAUCUAACGUAAUGAUGGAACAACCAGCAAGCGCAGUUUUAGCGAAACCAUUUUUUAUAUUUGCUCUUUUAUUCACUUUUUGAGUGAGUUUGCAUCAUUUUCACUUCCAACAGUAAAUCUAUCCGCUUACAUUUUAGAUAAGUUUUCUUGGAUUAAAGUGUAAUUUGUAUCUUUUCUAUAAAUUUGUAACCAGGAAAUCGAAAUCAACUGGUUUUCAAAAACUUUGCACAGUAAAAACGGUCACAAACUGCACAAUUUGUAUCAGUUUUUUGUUUUGGGUAGUGCCUGUUACAUUUUUAUCUCUAACGUUCAGUCAGUUAAAUGAAUUGUUCAGUUUGUUUAUUGGUGUAAUGGCGGGUACUUGGGCAUACUUCACGAGAGAGGGGACAACUUGACUUAUUAGAAAUUGAAAUGCAUGUUUAGAUUCACUCAUCUCAAUUUGCAUAUCUUCUAACAGAUUUUAUUCGUUGUAUUUCCCUUUUGGGAUAACAUUUCUUACUGGAACUCCAGUCACGACAAUUGCGAUUUGGGCAAUUUUGAUUUCAACUUCGUCACUUGGCGUAUUUUCAAUGAUAGGUAAUAACAAAAAUGAGUGUAAUUCUUCUGGAGCUAGAAGUUCUCUGACUAUUUUCAGGUGGCUGUGCAUGUUUAUACGACCCAAACAAGUUUAUUUGGACCGGCGAAAGAAAACCUUGUGAUUCAUUCGCGUUAGUUUUUGUUCCGCUUUUUAUAUUUGGAUCAACAACAAUCACUAACUUGUUCAACAUUAUGACAGCUGUGAGAUUAUUAAUGGAGAAAAUGACAGGCAUGAACGUAUUUGAGGCAAAGAGAAGAAGAAAACGAUGGAUGAUUAUGUUUUCACAGGUAUGCUUGACAGAAUAUUGACUUUAUUGGGGGAACAAUUCCACUUUAGAAUAUAUUAGAUUUCCCUUUUCAGGGCGUUGCUCAAGAUUGCCUCCAAUUAAUCGAUAUUAUCAAUUCGUAUUAUUUGUAUAAAUUGAAUGAAGACUUAUGGUUUCAAGUAGUAACUAUCACGUUUUCUUGUCCUAACUACGACACUCGAUGGAUUUAUCAUGUUCAUAUUUCAAGAAGAUAUACAUCCAAAAUUUCUACGAAAAAUAUUGAAAAAAAACAUUGGAGGAGGAAGUGUUGCAAUUUUGAAAAGUGUUUGA